CUGCCUCAGAGCUGUAGCAACCACUGAGGGCGUUGUGUGGUGUGUGUUUCGGAUGAUGGAGAGAUAGACUGACUGACAAAAACCUUUCUAAAUCAGCGUAAAACGGAAAGAAGAGUGUAGAAAAAGGAACAAGGAUAUAACUUUUCUUUCCAUUUAAAGGAACAAAAAGGAGAAAUAGAAAGGAGAAGAUUUUCUUUCAAUCACAACCUUGGAACUUUUUUUUAAAGCGUUGUAAGAAAAAUUUCUUACAUUUUAAGAAAUAAUAGGAAUCUCUUCUGUCAGUCGCAUUUCACUGGAUUGAGAAAGAAGAACUUUCUUUCUCUCCAUUUGAGAAGGAUAUAUGAAAUCUUUCUCUUGAAAAAGAAUAAAGUGUCUAUUCUCUCCAUCCGUGGGAGGUGUCACCAACCACCUGUCAAGGAGCUUAUCACUGGGGAACAUUAACAAAUCAAUAAAGUUUUCGGUACACGAUGGAACUUUUUACCUAAUUCUCCUCGUGAUAACGGACAAGGAACUUUUUACCUAAUUCUCCUCGUGAUAACGGACAAGGAUAUAUUGACAAUUUCUUGUUGGGAUUCUUUUUAUGUGUGGAUUUAAUUUUCGACAGAACAUUUAAGGAAAAAGGCAAUUUUUAAGAAAUAAUUUAAUUAUAGAUGUGAUGACAUCACAGACAGAUUUUGCAGAACACUUUGAUGUGUCACAAUACAGGCCCGACCAAUUGAAUUCCUUGAAUUUGUUUUUAAUUAAUUAAUUUUUUUCGUAUAAAAUUUGAAACAUUUUCACACAACUUUUGAGAAUGGAAGUGGACUUUUACACUGAAGUGGUUUACACCGUUAUGUAUAGCUACGAUUGAGUUCAGUGGAAACUGAUAUUGAUAUAUACGCCAGUGUAACAGUUUGUACCAAAUUUCGACGUCUUUACAAGAAACAUGAAGCUUCCAAGUAACUUGUUCCGGCAGAUCUGCAAGGUUGGUGACAACAUAGUUUGGGAGACACACAAGGUCACACUUUCCCGUGUGCCGAGGUUUGGUUUUGGUAUCGCUGUCAGUGGAGGACGCGACAAUCCACACUUCGCUAAUGGUGACCCCUCUAUAGCUAUCUCCGAUGUGCUCAAGGCAGGACCUGCCGAAGGCAAACUUCUAAUAAACGACAGAGUAACGUCGGUGAAUGGCAUUCCUCUGGACAACGUAGAACAUUCGGCGGCCAUCACAGUCCUCAAGGAAAGUGGGAAUACUGUCUCCCUGGUUAUUCGUCGGAGGGUUGUUCUACCAACACCUAUGGAAACUGACAGCAACACUCCCCUCAAAAUUACGCUGUCCAAGCGCAACAGGAAAGAUGAUUUCGGAGUUGUACUUGGAUGUCAGUAUUUUAUCAAGGAGAUCAUUGGACAAAGUCUUGCGGCCCAGGACGGGACUAUUAAGGAGGGAGACUUUGUACUUAAGAUAAACAACACAUCUGUUGAGAACUUGUCUCUGGUGGAGGCCAAACGUCUGAUAGAGAAGACUAAGGAUAAACUACAGCUCUGUGUAACAAAGAAAAAGGUUGAGGAUAGAUUACAUAUUCGCCAGGGCAGCAAAACUGACGAUGAAUACUCGCUGGGUUAUGGAACCUUACAAGGAACUCUCCAAUCAAAGAAACAAGAAAUAAACGACGUGAACUUUUACCGUUCACCGAGUCAGAAUGACAAUGAUUUAUACAAGGGAAACUACGACCCCAAUAGUCUUCCUCAAGGGGCCUACCCCCAUUCUGAGCAUGUCCGGUACGAUGGAAGAUAUGUUUACGACAACGAGGCGCCCCCUAGACCUCCACUUCCACAGGACACAGAUGCUCCACCUCGACCACCCAGCCCUGGUAAGGAGCUGCUUCGCCCUGACGAUUUCUAUGGCCAACCAAAGUCACCGACCCGUGACCAGGAUGGCUACGUGAGCGACUCACAACGCCGUCCUCCAAUGUCGCCAAAACUCCAGGAUAUGACUGACGUAGGCAUGAAGAGACGUCCGCACGAAGAAAGAUAUGUCGGAAAACGAAAAGACAUAACGCUGGAGCCACGUCAUGUGUAUUUUGAGAAGGAGCCGGAUCUUGGACUCGGUCUACGACUGGCCGGAGGAAACGCUACGGGGAUAUUUAUAGCCUCAGUACAACCCGGGAGUGGGGCAGAAGUUGUGGGGCUAACAGAGGGGGAUCAAAUACUCAUGGCGAACAAUAAAGAAAUCCCCGGGUUGUCCCGAGAGGAGGCGGUCAGUUACCUAACCAGUCUGGAGGGGCGGGUCAACAUGAUUGUCCAGUAUCAGAAGGAAGAAUACGACAGAAUAAUGACUAGUCAGGAGGCUGGAGAUUCCUUUUAUAUCAAAACACAUUUUGCAUAUGAACAACGAGAACAAGGAGAACUGUCCUUUACAACAGGCGAUAUAUUCCACGUCAAAGACACACUGUUUAGAGGCGUGGUCGGCUCAUGGCUUGUAACCAGGGUCGGGCGUAACAACCAGGAAACACAGAAAGGCAUAAUACCCAAUAAAAACAGAGCUGAACAACUUGCUGUAGCUAAACAACAGUCCGAGGAAGAGAAAGAGAAUUCACCGUCCAAGAGCCGCAGCCUCCUUUUCAAACGUAAAGCUGCACGUCGAUCAAAGUCCCUGGGGAAGGACCACUGGGAGGAUGUUAUAUUUUCUGAAAAUGGUGCGAGUCUGUCUACAAAGUUCGCCGCCUAUGAAAGAGUUAUCCUUAACGACUGUGGAUUUCAUCGUCCUGUUGUAAUAUUUGGAGCCCUCGCUGAUGUAGCUAGAGACAAACUUUUAAAAGAGUAUCCUGAUAAAUUUGAAUCACCACAAAAUGAUGCAGCUAGUUUGAAUGAUGAUAAGAAAUCAAAUAAGUCAGGAAUUAUACGUCUUGGUGCAAUAAAGGAUAUAAUAGCUAAGAGAAAGCACUGUUUAUUGGACGUGACUCCACACAAUGUCGAUCGUCUCAACUAUGCCCAGUAUUAUCCUGUCGUUGUCUUCCUGAAGGCCGAAAAUAAAACCGUAGUCAAGGAGAGUCGAGCUAGAUUUGCUAAAGGUUCCAGCAAAAAUCCUAAGAAACUUUUCGACCAGAGUGGAAAGCUGGAGAAAAUGUACCAUCAUUUGUUUACUGCCACAAUAAGUCACAAUGCCACCGACAUCUGGUAUCGCCGGCUCCUGGAGAUGGUCGACCUACAGCAGAAACAGAAUAUCUGGAUGUCAGAACGCAAGCCCGAGGACGACAUCAGUGAUGACUACCUGUUCCCAAUGUCCAAUCGCCUUAGCUUCGCACCGUCUCAGCAGAGCGAACUAGACCUAAGUCGACCUGUUGAUGACCUUGACCUCUCACCUAUGCAUAAAAAGCGACUUGUGAGGUCAUCGUCCGACCCCAGCGUGAAUACGACGGACAGAAUCCCUGGCAUUCCACCGUACCCAGCACCUCCAGCUUACCAUAAGACACCAGGGGUACAGAGAAACCCUGGAAUGCUUGACGACAGAAGAUAUGUGGAAUUAGAUGGUCUCCCAGAAGAUAGAUAUUAUGCGUCGUAUUAUGCGUCGGAGAACCGACAUCAUCCUAGUAGAUCUCAGAUAGACCCCUACGCCACCAUCACCCCUCAUGAACGCAUGUACCCCCGGGCUCCGCAGGACGAGCGUUGGUUUAACCCUGCGUAUGAUGACCAAGAUCACCAAGGAAACCGUUAUGGUCACAAUCACCGGCGGUCAGAAUCCGAUUUAGCACAUACGACCAGACAGUCUACAUCAUCACUUCCCCCUCCCCAGCCUCAUCACAACGAUCAACAGCACCACCGGCCGUACAAUGAUAAUUCGUCAUACAGCAGCGAUUCCUAUACUAAGUAUACAUCACACCCAGCUAACAAACACGACGAUUCCAAACUCCGCGAGAAACUCGGCGCCAAAGGGUCACAUGACCCAUACCGCUUCACACGGAGUACCGCCCAUCCUGUCAGCACUGCACAUGUUGACAAAUCAAAACUCUCUGAUCUGUCUGCAAGAUACAGAAAAGACGAUCAGAAUCAGGGAAGAAGCAAGUCUGUGCCAUCUCUGCGGCCGGGGACUGCACCCCCAGAGGUCGGAGGUCACCAACGUGACCCCAACAUGAAGAAGGAGCCGCCUCCAGUACCUGUGAAAACUUAUAACCUGAAGGAUCGGGGCAUUGAGCCUGAUGACCAAAAGCUCAGAAACUACGAAAACUCCAACAGGAGCUACAACUACACAGAUUCCAGUAACUACGCUGUUGUCAACAAAAUCAAAACUGGCAACAUGCGCAGCCCGCCAUCACAUGAUUACCAUGAUUCCAGCGAAAAUCCGUACGACUAUGUCGCACCGCGGUCCACUUACCAACGGCAGCCACAAGGAAAUGAGAGAAUGAUGACAAGUCAUUAUGCUCGACCUUACGUUGCCCAGGAUGCAGGCAAUCCAGAGCCUCAUUCUGACCGGGGUCAAAGGUCGGCAGGUGCACAGAGAAUGUUCGUUAAUCAGAUGUAUAUGGAUCACCAGGAGUUACAGCGACUCAAGGCUCAGCAGGAUGGUGGUAACAAUGGACACCCUGGAAACAUGGACGGCUAUUCUCGAGACCCAGGGUAUCCAAGUGCAGCGGAUCGGCCGAGGGAUCGGAAUAACGCCGACUCCACUGACACGGAUGAACGAGGCAGUGCAUUUGAAGCAUACAAGAAACCAGUCAUGACGACGUUUGGAAAGUCGGAUAUGAAUGGUCCGUCAUCACCUAAACCUCUACUGCAGCCUGGCAGACAGUACAGUCCUUACCAAGUGGCGUACAGCGACGAAACUUACCAGGUCGUCCCACAACCUCACUCUGACCUCGGUGAGAGUGAGGCUCGAUCUGACAGGUCAGGUGAUGUGUCAGGUGACAGGUCAGCUGACCAAGAAGAGCAACAACAGUUUAAUAGCGACAGUAGUGGGUUGGACAGUGGGAAGUCUAUAGAGGAAGGCCAUACUGUGGUGGCAACUGCCAGGGGAAUUUUCGACCACAAAGGUGGCGUCUUAGAAUCAAAGGAAACAGGUGUGAGUAUUGUCAUUCCACUAGGAGCUAUACCCGAGGGUGUCCAGCAGGAAAUCUACUUUAAGGUCUGCAAGGACAACAACAUCCUGCCCCCACUGGACAGGGAGAAAGGUGAGACGCUGUUGAGCCCCCUCGUGAUGUGUGGGCCUCAUGGACUCAAAUUCCUCCAUCCUGUCGAGUUACGUCUCCCUCACUGUGCCUCAGUCAACCCCGACAGCUGGUCCUUCGCUCUGAAGUCCAGCGACUCCCCCUCAGGGCACCCCACACAGUGGCAGAACAUGAACCUGGCCGGUAUGGAUCAAGGUUCUCAGGGUAAAGUAGGCAAGAGUAGCGUGUCUGUCCUCGUGGAUCACUUCUGAUCUGUGUCCGCCAUAAACUUCAACAAUUCUACAUAUCCACCGAAACAAACGAUUCCAUCCACCUAAACAAACGAUUCCAUCCACCUAAACCAACGAUUCCAUCCCAAGUUCCCAAGAGAACUGUGGGUACAGUCAACCGGGUGGAUCAUCCACGUGGAACACAGAUAUUCCAGAGGAUGUAGAUAAGGACACAGUCGGUAAUUUCAGUGGAUGUACUCCAUCAGUGGAUGUACUCCCGUCAGUGGAUGUUUUCUGUCGGUGGAUGAUUUCCAUCAGUGGAUGUUUUCCGUCAGUGGAUAAGGACACAGUCGGUAAUUUCAGUGGAUGUACUCUGCCAGUGGAUGUUUUUCAUCAGUGGAUAAGGGCACAGUCUCCCAGCGGUGGAUACAUUCAGUAAUUCAUUACACCAGAUAACUACUACAUGGAUACAGGAAUAGGACAUGCUUCGGCAUAGAACUUGCCGGUAAUUUCAGUGGAUGUACUAUGUCAGUGGAUGUACUCCGUCAGUGGAUGUACUCCGUCAGUAAUGAUCCACAUCUGUAGACUGAGUGUAAAAUGUGACUGAUACAGAUACUACUGCAUGUUACUAUCACCAGGCCAGUACAGGUCUGUUCAUCCACUCAGGAAAUUCAACAGAUCUAUUUUGUGAAAUUUAUAUUAUAAAUCUACCAGCCAAAGAUUUCCGUAUGACAAUUGUAACUUGUAAGAUUAUUCACAAGGUCUGAAUGAGAGGUAACCUUAUUACAGAGGUUAAUCGCAGGUACAACCUGAUGUACGAUGACUAUACCAACUACAAUGGUAACAAAUAUCACUGGGUCAGAUAUAUUACAUAAAUCUGUCCGGUAUCCACUGCAAGAAGAUUAAAAAUCAGCACACUUAAGUAAAUUAACUCUCACAGUCGACGCCAUUCUCAUUCAAAACAAGACUUCCAUUUAUAAUGAUUACAACUGUCUUUUUGCAAUUUUUUACAAAGGGUUUGCCUGCAUUUUUAUAAAGCAGUUGUAUUGCAAUAUAUUACACAGGAUUUGUUCCGUUUAGUCCUUGUGUAUGUUGAUCAGACUGACCAACAUAAUGGAAAGUCGACUCUAGCAUCAUUCAGGAUUUACUCUAUAGUACUCAAUGUAAACAGCAGCAGAAUUUGGGGCAUCUUGAUUUGAACGGUUCUUUUACCCAAAAUUUACAGAUUAUAUAUUUAACUUCACAUGUUCAUAAAAUUUGAUAUUUUUUCAAUGCAGAUUUAACUAUAUAUAGACAUAUUGAUGUAUUUUGAGGAUGAAUAUUGACAAAUAUAUUUUUGCUGUACUUUGGGGAUGAUACAAGUGUUAUAGCAAUAGUACUUCAAUAUGUUAAUUUUGUGCUAUUUUUGUUUACAUGUCGGUGAAUUCUCCUGAAUCUUUAUAUUGAUAGGUUGGUGAUGUUUAUGUGUUGUGAACUACGUUCAUGUGGUGUGAACUGUUUGAUAUGCGCGGUUGUGAUUGACAUAUGAGGAUUAUACUACCACCUAAGGAAUGAUAUCUUAAUUAGCAUAAAAAGGGGUGUGGUUAUGUUAAUGAGCAUGGUAAUGCUAUAAAUCUUCCUAAUAAUUCAACAUAAUGGUUGGGGGGAACUAAAGGGAGAACAUUUCUUAUCCAAAGAGAAUUUGGUAAAUGUAAUUUUUUGAAAUGAUCUGCUGAACUGCAAAGAGAAAUAAUACUGAUUUAUUUCUGAUGAUAUUCUGUAUUAAAUUGUGUAACCAUUUCUUUCCUGGAAGUCGUUCCAGUCAUAGACAGUGAACAGACUGAUGUAUUUGAUCACCUGGCCUCUUUUCAUCCCAGGAUUUUAUAUAAAUUUGUGUAAAGGAAUCGAAGUCCGGGCCUAAUUAUAUAUUUACAAUGUGUAUAUACAGUCAUUUGAUCUGACUUUGUACAAAUUGUCAUUGACUUUUCCUAUGUAUUUAUAAAAGGUCUUGUCAUCAUUGGCCCAGAAAUAUGUAUAUGUAAGAUUUGUGUACAGACUUGAGAGUAAUUGGCCCUGCUUCUUAUAACAUAUAUAUUUUUCUGGACCAUACAUGCUGUAUAGAGUGGCCCUGGACCAUGCAUGCUGUAUAGAGUGGCCCUGGACCAUGCAUGCUGUACAGAGUGGCCCUGUGCUGUGUAUACUAGAGACUGCCCUGCAAUGGUUGCAAAUGUAUAAUUACAACAGGGGAAUAAAUGAACAAAAUAUAUUUCUGUUCUGUGAUAAAAAUAUGAUAUUUGUAAAAGUCAGAAAUUAUCCAAGCCUUCCUUAAACAUUUGUUUUAUUUGUGAAAUCAGAGAAAAUUUGUUUUUGUGUAUUCACUCUUGAACUGUUUUUCAGUAAAACCUGUUUAAAUUUUACUUUAAUUUGUAGUCAAUUUGAAUUACCAGUUAUUUUCAAGUGAUGAGUCGAGGUUGUGAGAUAUCGCGUGAUUUAAAGGUUGUGCUUACUGAUUUUUCUCUGUUGAUAUUGCCUUAUUUUAAUAAUAUAUUGUAAAACAAACAUUUCUGUGAUGUGAAUUUUUUUCAAAUACUUAAAAAACUUACGAUAUAAAAUAAAAAAAUCCCAACUUCAAGUGAUAUGAAGCAGCUAGGAAGCAACUGUGAAUUAAACAUUUAAAAGAUAAGGAAAAUAUGUAUGUCUGAUCCUUUAGCACAGUAAGUCGUAAGAUUUGUAGGUCAGAAUGACCGAUAACCAUCAUACUCCGUCUACCAUGCGGAAACCUUUCAAGCUUCUUAAGUUCGUCCAGUGGGAUUCAUGUCAAACUUUCCCUUAUUUUUCGGGUUGGUCCAAAACCCAAGAUGUCCGCCAUCUUUAAAAGCACAUUUCAAACUUCUUGUCAAGUUCCAACAGUUGGAUUUACCUCAAUAUAUCAAUCUUGCCUAAAAUGAUAUUCAUAUGGUUCUGACAAAGUUUUGUUAUUUUCGGAGUCAGUCAGAAAAACUAUACUUAUUACUGAGUAAGUAAACUGCAAUGACAGAUCAGUCCAAUAGGCCUUUUGUUUCAUCUUAAGGAAUUUAGAUUGAUCAUCUUAAGAUUUUACCAACAAAUAUAUAUUUCCUAGUUCUAGUAAAAUGGAACUGAAGCUUUCAGGGCGAUUACAAUACCAUAAUACAAUAAAUAUGGUGAUUGUGACGACAAUACCAACAGUGUUAACUUUGGAAAUGUUAAGUAUUUUAGAGAUUUUUUAUAAAAACUGUUACUGAACAUUGUUUAUAGUGCUGGAGUGUGCCUGCCAUUGUGUAGGUCACAUCUGUUACUUCUGAAUAGAUUGGAUCUGAUUUAAGUUUAUGUGGAGAUAUUUAUUCCAUUGUAGAUCAAUUUGGUUUUAUAGAACCAGCCAUAUUUUGCUGUACAUGUGUUUUGUUGAACCACAGAUUAUUUAAGUUUGUGAUUGUACUUUUUUAACUUAUAAGUCUGUGUAUUCCAUUUUGGAAUAUUGUGGUUCAUUUGAAUCAACCAACCUGUUGGUAUGAUCUUGUAUCCUACUAAAUACAAUAUAUUUACAGAAGAAUUCAAGUGGCUAGGAAAUAAUUUGUUAUUUUGAAAUUGUACUAAAUCUGGAAGUACAGAAUAGAUAGAAGUUUGACGUCUAUGAAGCAUUUAAUUUAUUCUGUGUUGGAGACAUCGUCUGUGCCCUGGUGAUCAGUCUUCACAUCGCUCCAGUCAAUUCCAUGGGGGCACUGCAGGUACAAAGUCUCGUUACAUGAAUUAUUUAUGAACUAAAUCUUGUUAUCUGAUUGGUUCUGUAGAAAAUAGCUACUUACCAAUCAGAAACGUCGUUUUAUAUGGUCUUUGGUUUGUUGGGCAAGAUAUCAAAUAACAAACAGUGGCGACACAUGGGUGCAGCCAUUGUUGUAUACGGUUUCUAUUUUUCAGCCGAUGAAGGCUUCCGGGUUCCCUAAUAAGAAGUUUUUUAGUUGGUUGAUAAACAUAUAAAUAUUCAGAUCAAACCAAAGUUUUUUUAGUCAGUGCUCCCAUGGUCAAACAAGUGAAAUGUAGAGAAGACUCUGGGGGCCUACAAUGAGACUGUAUAUGUAUAGUUACAAUGUGAUGGGUAAGGCCCUACUUAUGUAUAGAAAACACCUCUUGCCAUUGUUAGGGGUACCCAAAGGGGAACUAAUCAAAUAUCAUAAGAGGCCCACAAAGGGGUAAUCAUGUGAAUAGCAAUAAAAUCAUUUGUCAUAUAAAUGUUGAGUAAACAGUAUUUCAUAUUUGCUACUUAAUCAUCUCAAAUACAUGUAAAUAAUUUUUACAGGGAGAUAACUCCUUGUGAUUUAUACUGAAGAGAAACAAUAAAAUAUUCAAAUAUC